UUGGGGUGCCAGGGGCACCAGGGAGCUUCUGGGGACUUCUGCUGCAGGAGGCGGUGACUCCCUGGGGGAGGGAAGCAGCAGAAAUGGCUUCAAUGACGGACCAGCAGGCUGAAGCCCGUGCCUUCCUCAGCGAGGAGAUGAUCGCAGAGUUCAAGGCCGCCUUCGACAUGUUUGAUGCGGACGGCGGCGGGGACAUCAGCACCAAGGAGCUGGGGACAGUGAUGAGGAUGCUGGGCCAGAACCCCACCAAGGAGGAGCUGGACGCCAUCAUAGAGGAGGUGGAUGAGGAUGGUGAGUGGCCCUCGGGGCAGCGGACAGACCUCCGCAGCGCCCUGGGAGCAGCUCUGCCUCCGCGCGCCCUGCCUAGCCUCCUGCCAAAGCCGCCUUUCCCGCAGCACACCGCUCGCUGCACGCGCCCUGGCUCGCUGCUCCUCCGCCCGUCCUAG